AUGAGUCCCAAAGCUUUCGUAAACUUGUGUACCUUAUUACGAGAUCACGGUGGGCUUACACAUACACGAAGAGCAUCUAUCGAGGAACAAGUUGCCAAAUUUCUUCACACAGUCGGACAUAACGUCAGAAAUCGUGUGUUGUCCUUCUUCUUUAGACGCUUAGGUGAAACAAUUAGUCGUCAUUUUCAUAGAGUAUUAGAUGCUUUGAUAGAAUUGGAAGACAAAUUUUUGAAACAACCUGAUGGAACACAAGUGCCUCCAGAGAUACGUAACAACAAUAGGUUCUACCCAUAUUUCAAGGAUUGUAUCGGAGCAAUUGACUGUACACAUAUACGUGUCAAAGUUCCAACAGAACUUGCACCUAGAUACCGUGGUAGAAAAGAUUACCCUACACAAAAUGUACUCGCUGCGUGCACAUUUGACUUGAAAUUUACAUAUGUCUUGGUUGGAUGGGAAGGAACAACAUCAGACUCAAGAAUAGUAAAGAGUGCUUUGACACGUCGGUAUCCUCUUAAAGUCCCGCAAGGAAAAUAUUAUCUUGCUGAUGCGGGGUUUCCUUUAAAGGCAUGUCUCAUCACACCUUAUAGGGGAGAACGUUACCACUUACAAGAAUAUUCUAGAAAUCCACCUCGAAACCCUCGCGAGUUGUUCAACAAUCGACAUUCAUCGUUAAGAAUGUCUAUUGAAUGUGCAUUUGGAGUGUUGAAGAAGAGAUUUCCAAUUCUGCAAACUUCAACUGAACCCACAUUUGGAAUUAAAACUCAAAAUAAAAUCAUUGUUGCUUGUUGCAUCUUACACAAUUAUUUGAUGACUGAAGACCCUAACCAGAAUCUAAUAGACGAGGUGCGUCACGAGCUCACAAAUGAAAGCGGUUUGCAAGAGGGACAUCAAGCUCAAAGAGAAAACAAUGAUGAUACAGCUAGAGGAGAGCUAGUUAGAGCUGAUGUUACUGGUUCAAUGUGGAUAGCUUACUAA